GGGAAGCUUGAGAGAUAGGAGGACGAAUGUAUAAUAUAUAUCAAGAUAGACCGGGGUAAGCCCAAUCUACCAUCCCGCUAUAUUGGGCCCAAGGCCCAACUGUCAGAAACGUAGACGACCCAGGAUUAUGGGCUUACGCUGGGAGCAUGCAUGUAUUGAGAUGGACCGGGGAGGCCCAAGAUCUAGGUCCUGAACAUAGGUGGCCCAGAGUUGCGGGCUUACAUGCUCACCUGUUAGGCCCCUCUGCAGAGGACGGUAGCUUCCCUCGGACGACGUGGCGGUAAAGAAGCAGCAUAUCUCCCGCCACUGGGAGGAGUGGACUUCCUCCCCGGUUGUCAAACAGUGCCGUUCUCAGAACUCUAACCCUAGCAACCGGACGGGCCGCGGAGAUAGAGGAAAGAUGCUUGAGCUCCGGCUAGUCCAAGGUUCACUCCUGAAGAAGGUUCUCGACUCCAUAAAGGACCUAGUGAACGAUGCCAACUUCGACUGCUCCGCUACCGGCUUCUCCCUUCAGGCCAUGGACUCGAGCCACGUGGCACUCGUCGCCCUCCUCCUCCGGUCGGAGGGCUUCGAGCACUACCGGUGCGACAGGAACAUCUCCAUGGGCAUGAAUCUCAAUAACAUGUCGAAGAUGCUCAAAUGCGCCGGAAAUGACGACAUCAUCACGAUCAAAGCGGACGACGGCAGCGAUACCGUCACCUUCAUGUUCGAGAGUCCAACACAAGAUAAGAUAGCAGAUUUUGAGAUGAAACUGAUGGACAUUGACAGUGAGCAUCUGGGCAUCCCGGAGGCUGAGUACCAUGCAAUCGUAAGGAUGCCUUCGGCUGAGUUUGCUAGGAUUUGCAAAGACCUUAGCAGCAUCGGUGACACAGUUUUGAUAUCCGUGACAAAGGAGGGCGUGAAGUUUUCUACCCGAGGUGAUAUAGGAACUGCAAAUAUCGUAUGCAGGCAGAAUACCACUGUAGACAAGCCGGAAGAAGCAACAAUCAUCGAGAUGAAUGAGCCGGUUUCAUUGACAUUUGCCUUGAGGUAUCUGAACUCAUUCACAAAGGCAACCCCACUGUCUAACACGGUAACGAUCAGUUUGUCUUCGGAGCUCCCUGUCGUCGUCGAGUACAAGAUUGCAGAGAUGGGGUACAUCAGGUUUUACCUGGCUCCAAAGAUUGAAGAGGAUGAGGAUGAAACAAAAACCUAGCUCCUGAUCGGUUCCUAUACUUGACAUGCCGUGUGAUUACAUCUGAAAUUUUCUGUUGGCUUAGGUUAGUAUUUCCAUCGUGCAAAGCAAGCUUAAGUUUUGGAUGCCUUUUUCUUUGUUUAUGUUUUGGAAAUCUUCAGGCGUAUAUAGUUUUGUUCUUUGGCUAUUUUUCAUCAAUGUGCUAUGAUGAACUUUUCUUUGUUGUGCAUUAUGAGUAGCAUUCUUGGAUUCA